ACUCGGCCGUCCAGUGUUAUUAGCAUGCUAGCUGCAGUCAGCAUACGUUACACAGUUUGUGGUAAUAUAAAUAUUGAACGUUUCCAACUAGCUAGAUUGACAUGAACUACGCGUCAACGUUUGGCAAGUUCCCCGGGUGCUGGUGUGAUCUGGAUGUUACCUGCCAGUUUUUCAGCUUAUUGAACUCACUCUAAAAGUGAAGUGGUGUUCAUUUUCCAUUGUUUAGUUGAUGUUGUUGCAGCUAUGUCAGAGGCCAUCCUGACCUUCCAGUACCAGCUCAGUAAUGUCAUGGAAACUGUCCUCAAAACCGCUGUGAAUGAAAUCACACGGCUGGUGAAAGAAGGUUUCUUGGAGGAAGUUACACAUAGCAAGCAGGAAGUUAUUGUCUUGAGGAAGAAGCUGCAUCAAUGGGAGCAGAGAUGGAGGGAUGAAGAGGAGAGAAAGAGGAGGGAGUUUGAAGAGAAUGAAAAGAAAAGGCAGAGAAAAGAGAGAGAGCAGAGGGGGUUGUCUGUGAGAUCCGCUUCUGCUGGAGAGAUUAAGGAGAGAGAGGAGGCUCAGUCAGGACUAGAGGAGGUUUGUGUAAUCAAACAGGAGGAGAGGUGCCAGUUAGAAGGACCCAGGACCCUCACUGAGAGAGAAGGACCACAGGAAACAACCAUGCAAGGUUCUUCUUGUGUUUCUAAAAGCAUGGAAAAGAACGAGUCCCAUGGGGUCCAUAUCAAAGAGGAGCUAGAUGACUGGGAGGAUCUGGUUUCCCAGAGAGUCAAAUCCACAGAUACCCCAAUAAUGAGCCUGAGUCAUCUGCAGAGAUUGAGUUCACAUGGCGGACCAUGGACCUGUGAACCUUUGCAUCCACAACCACUUCCAGCACCUUGGACCAGCGAACCUCUAGCUCCACAACCACUACCAUGGUCAGGUGAAUGUCCAGCUGCCCCUGCAGCUCCAGGAACCAGAAAUGAGCAGAUCCCACUCCCAAAAUCAAAUAUACCCACGCAGGGGACAGAGUGCGCUGUAGGGUCCCUUGAGUCCAGCCCCUACAACUUGAGCAUCAACACAACGGCAAAGCUGAGGGCCAAACCCUACACCUGCCCACAAUGUGGUAAGAGCUUUCCUCAGCUCCGAAACCUGAAAGACCAUCAGAAGUAUCACCACACAGGGAAGAAGGCAUUCACCUGCUCUCAGUGUGGUAAGGGCUUUGUGUACAUGUGCCACCUCAGGGUACACAUGCAAUGCCAUACGGGGGAGAGGCCUUUCAGCUGCUCCCAGUGUGGGAAGAGCUUUGUAUACCUGUGCAAUCUAAAGUCCCACCAGCAGUAUCACACAGGUGAGAAACCGUACAGCUGCUCUCAAUGUGGGAAGAGCUUCAGCCUUCAAAGUGGCUUGAAGAAACACAAGGUAAUUCAUUCUGCAGAGAGGCCUUAUCACUGCUUGAAUUGUGGGAACAAAUUCUAUUCUAGAGCAGACUUGAAAAGACAUGAACAAGUUCAUGCAGCAAGGUAGACCUUUGAAAGAUGAAGCAGGUUCAUUUGAAAAAUCAGAGUGAAUGAAAAUAACACAUGUAUUAUGUUUAAUGUAAGUUGCAGAUACAUUUCAUGUGGUGGGGAAUAAAAAUUUUACAAAGAAA